AUGGACUUGACCUUCAUCUCUAUACAUGAUCUGACCCCCGACGCCCGUGUUCUUUACUCCUCCGAUUCAAUUGUAGACGUCCUCGGCUGGACGCCUGAUGAAGUCGUCAAUCGCUCGUGCUGGGAAUUCUUCUCUGAAGAUGAGUUGCCUUUCGCCCAAGCUUUUCACAAAAAGGGUGUGCAGAUGGACAAGGCUGCUGUCUUGUCUUACUGCAGAGUCAAGAACAAGGAAGGACAAUGGACUGGUUGUGAAUGUUGUUUCACCAUCGUCUAUGAUGUUAUGAUCGUUUGCACUUCCAUCUAUCGACGAGGUCUACCAAGUCAGAAGCGAGCAGAAGAAGCACCUAUCAUUCGACGUUUGUUCUCAUCCUCACCACGCGAUCCGCGUUACCACAUGUUAUCACACAUCUCGGGCAAGUUCAGACGACCGCUGGAGAAGCACGAACCUCGAGCCGCCCUGUUUUUAAAUCGCUUCACCCGUACAUUAACCAUCAUGUAUGCGACUGCAGGCUUAGAAGAGGUUAUCGGCAUACCCGCCGAGUACAUGCGAGGUCGAAGUUUUUACUACUGUAUCGCCGAGAACUGUCUCCAGGACGCUAUCAAGUGUCUUGAGAACGCAAAAGCUAACGACUCCAUUGCUUACCUUCGAUUCUGGUUCCGGGAUCCUCGCAUUGAUGACGACGCAACAACACCCAUGGACGAGGACAGCGACGACGACGAUAUGACAGCAGAGAGUAGUGUUGACCAGGACUUUGGCGGAGGCGUGCAUAUCGACGGCUCGCGCUCAAGAUCGGGGAGCAUGGACGUGGAUGCUCCUAAUCACACCUCGAACUCUCGGACCACAUCGGGACAUAGCAGUACCGAAUUCCAGGACACUCACUCGGCAAUUUUUGGAGAUUCCAGAGCAGAGGAAUCAUCGGCGUCUUCAAUGACAUCACCCGAUGGCAGCGUCAGACCCCCUAUUCAGCGAGAGCCUAUCGAGAUAGAAGCCGUCAUUUCGUGCACAUCAGACGGGCUAGUUGUAUGUCUACGACGAGCACGCCCUAUGCUUCCCACGCUGUCACGUUCGAGGUACGAAAAUGGUCUGUUCGCUGCCCCUUGGGCAUCGGAGCCUAUCCUUCCUCCAAUGGACGCUCGCCCGCAACCAACAUUUGCAAACAACUUUGCACCAUCCUUGGGUCCGUUCAGUGCUCAAACCGAGCAAGUCAGGGCGGGUGGACCUGCCCAGGACGAUUUCAUGAGCUCAAUCCGCGACCAAGCUGUCUUUGCAUGGGCGCUUACUGGAAUCAACGGUGCGCUUCACCAAUACGGUGUCAACAAACCUCACGGAGAGUCACUACCAGUUGGAGGGCUUGAGGUGUGGGAGUCUGACCCUUAUGCCCAGUCCGAGAUAUUUAGAAGCGACUCUGGAUCCGGACUUGACGGCAUGACGAAAAGCCACAGCCCGGCACACAUGUUUGGGGAUCCUGGUCUUGAUGGCCAUAGGAAAAGGUAG